GUCGAUGCGCAGCUCCGACCGUUUUUGCCGCAACUUCAAAGCACCUUUCUGAAAGCACUGCAAGACACGGGCUCACGUAAGAUACGUUUGUGUGCAGGCGGUGCCCUUGCACGUCUCAUCCCGAUCCACACAAGGACGGAUGUUGUGGCGCUGGAACUGAUCAAAUUUCUGAAUGCUUCAACGGAUAAUGCUGUAAUUGAAACAACUUUGAUUGCGAUGCGCGCGAUUGUGAUUCGGGCCCAGUCGAAGAUUAGCGCUAACGUCCUUGACGAGGCCGUUCAAGUAGCCGUAACGCACCAGCAAAACGAAACUGCUCCGGAAGUAGCACAGGCGGCUUCGGCGCUCCGCGGUGAACUGGCACUGCAAAUGAACCAGUUGUCGGAUGAUUUUAUUCUGAGUAUGAUUUUUCCGUUGAUUUUUACGAUGGUAGGUUACGUGUCCUGCUAG